AUGUCUCCAAUCGUUUUGCGGGCCAGAGCUCCGCUAGUUGGGAGGUUGCCCAGUCGUGGUUUGCUGAGGUCUCCGGCGUACAGAGCUCUCUACCACAGUCGCCCUUCUCUGAGGCCUUCGAAUAGGUUUCUGAAGGUAUCCGAAGAGGUGGAAGAUGCCAUUGCCACGGGGAAACCGGUUGUUGCGCUGGAGACCACUAUCUAUACGCAUGGCUUCCCUUAUCCCAAUAAUGUGGAUCUCGCAAUGCGCCUUGAAUCGAUUGUGAGGUCAACUGGCGGAGUACCUGCGACAAUUGGAGUCCUCGAUGGAGUUGCGCGAGUUGGGAUGAAUGAGAACGAGCUGACAGAGCUUGCAUCAACCUCCCAAAGGACAAAGGUGCACAAAGUAUCCCGCCGGGAUCUUGGUUAUAUCUGCGGAGCGGGGAUUCGAGGGAACGUGAUGAACGGCGGAACUACAAUUGCAGGAACUAUGAUUCUAGCACACCUUGCUGGAAUUAAGGUCUUUGCUACGGGUGGAUUAGGCGGCGUUCACCGAGGAGGAGAAACCACUAUGGAUAUAUCAGCUGAUCUUACCGAACUCGGUCGCACGCCCGUCGCUGUUGUCAGCUCUGGCUGCAAAAGCUUCUUGGAUAUCCAGCGAACUCUAGAAUAUCUAGAAACUGAGGGUGUAGUUGUAGCAGCUUUUGCAGACGGACGCAAGGGAGAAGUCGAGUUCCCAGCUUUCUUCACACGAGAUAGUGGAAUCAAGGCACCCAGAGUAAUCCAAAACGAACAGGACGCUGCUGCAAUUAUUUAUGCCCAAUCACAGUUACAACUUUCUUCUGGAAUGCUCUUUACCAACCCUGUACCAGAAGAGCACUCGUUCCCGAAACCAGAAAUGGACGCCAUAAUUGCUCGGGCUGUUGAACUUGCUCAUAUCGAAGGAGUUCAAGGGAGCGAUAAUACGCCUUACGUCUUAGCGAAGAUUGAAGAACUCAGUGGCGGCCGCAGUGUGGCAACGAACAAGGCACUUGUUGAAUACAAUGUCGAGGUAGGCACCAAAGUUGCCAUUGAGCUUGCGAAAUUAGAAUUGGAGGGCAAUGAAGGCGCAAAUCGCAGUUUAGCUGUCAAUAUUCCAAUAAAUCAAGCUCGCACUGAAGAAGCUCAGAGUAGCCCUGAAGCCCCAGCACAUACCGCCGGUCUGUCAACAACGCAAGGGCCUAGUGAAGGUUCAGAUGUAUUAGUGGCUGGCUCUCUUGCCGUCGAUCUAGCGUGUGAUUACGCGCCGUUAUCAAAUCGGGAUAGCGAUGGAUCACCGAAACUACAGACCUCCAAUCCUUCUAUCAUCACACAAACCCUUGGAGGUGUGGGUCACAAUGUAGCCUUGGCCGCAAGUUACAUGGGCAGCUCCGUGAUGUUCUGCAGUGUGGUUGCAGAUGAUAUCAGUGGACGCAGCGCUCUUGGUACUAUCCAGGAUACCUAUAACUCCUCCUUCCAGCCAGAGGGAAUACAGCUACUCCCUUCAAGUCAUGAAGCCAGGACGGCUCAAUAUAUUGCCGUCAACGAUGUGAAGAAGGACUUGAUGAUCGCAAUGGCAGAUAUGAGCAUUCUCGAACUGCCAGAAGGGAAAUUAAAUUUCGACACGUUUUGGGAGCCGUUGGUCCAAAAUCAAGCAGUUCUGCCUUCGUGGGCUGUGGUUGAUGCAAACUGGGGAUCAGGAGGGACUUCUGAAUGGAUACAGCUUUGCAAACGCCAGGGGAUGAAAAUCGCUCUUGAACCGGUAUCUGCGCCCAAGGCAUCGAGGCUGUUUUACCGACAAAACGAUACAUCAGGUCAUCCUCCAGUUAUCAGGGCGACAGAUAUGGCACCGGACAGCCAUGUUAUUGACCUUGCGACUCCAAAUAGAUACGAACUUGCAGCUAUGCAUGCUGCAGCGCGUGAUACUGGACACUUCGAUAGCCCUGAAUGGUGGCGUAUAAUAGACGCCCUUCAGCUACCUAGUAGUGGCUCAAGGGUCCGGCUAGUAUCUCUUACAAAUGCGGAAAUUGUGAAUGAAGGAGUACCUCAGCAGAGCAUACAACUUCUACCACUGAUACCAUGCAUCUUAACUAAGUUAGGUUCUCAAGGCGUGCUGUUAACUCAGAUAUUAUGGCCUGGUGACGCACGACUCAGUUUGCCGGAAUAUGCACCGUAUAUUCUCGGUCGGUCACUGGCGGAUGAUAGCCCUGUAGGAGGAGUUUAUAUGCGUUUGUUCCCGCCGGAAGAGACAUUUUCAGACGCUGAUGUUGUGAGCGUGAAUGGCGCGGGUGAUACUCUGCUUGGUGUUGUGGUUGCUGCUCUUGGAAGAGGUGGACGAGGUCGCGAAGUACGAGUGGAAGAUGUUAUCCCAAUUGCACAAAGGGCUAGUGCUAUGACGAUGAGGAGCAAGCACGCUGUAAGCCCAGAGAUCUCCCAACUUGCUCCAUUAUUAGCGUCGUUGUGA